CUGAGCAGCAGACACAAGGGAGUCAGCCACAGCGAGGAAGUGCACUUAAGAAGACACCGAGACAAAAGACACCAUUAAAAACAAUCCUGAGGACAUUUUUCAAACAGGAUCUUACAUGACCGCUGCUCCAAGAGGAACAGACGCAUCGAGAGAUUUAGAGCCGUCGAUUGCCAGCUAUUGGAAUUGUGCUUUUUUAUAAUUAUUAACUUUGAAGAACACUUUUUUUUAAUCCCUGGAUAUUUCUAAAUUUACUCUUGGUUUUGUUGUCUUUAUCGCUUAAGAUGAUGCGUUAACGCGUUUAUGCCGCAGCGGAUAUGUCUGACAAGUCCAGAGAGCAAACGCCGGGUAAUGUCCCGGCGUCGCGCGGAAGCGGAGAGAGCGCCAGUGUCGGAGCUGCGUUGCGCCCCGGGCACUUUGACUUCCCUCAGCCGAGCGAUGGGGACCCGUUAAGGGGAGGGAUUGCCAUGUCGAAUAGUCACCAGUCGAGGUCACCGAUGUGCCGAACCUUCUCCAGGUCCUCUAGUGGCUAUUUUUCCGUCGACAGCGAUUCUGUGCCGGGUUCUCCGCUAAUGCCCAAUAUUUCCGAAGCGCAAGACGACCAAAAUGAUGAGGUAUGGUUUGCCGAACCUAGCCACCAGCACGUGCAGAUGGCAGCACCUGUGGGAGCCAUGGGGCCGGAGAUGGCGGUCGCUCGGGAGCUGCGGCGCAUUGGAGACGAGUUCAACCGCUUGUACUGUCAGGGGGCCGGUGCAGGUGGGAACAACAGGGCCCAGCUGCAUGCUCCCAAUGAACACGCCAUCAUCAUGUGGAUGAACGACCUUAUCGGACGUGUAGUACAGUUUUUCCUGCGAAGAAGAUGAUUGACACAUUGAACACCCAGCAGACGUGUAGCAGACAUGUAGCAUUGUACAUCACCCCCUCACCUGACUGUAUAUAUGUACAUAUUAAGGAAUAACAGCAGUGCUGCUCUUCCGCAACCUCUCCGGGUUUCGGCGUACAGUUUUGGACCUGUCGGGAUAUGUGCAGACCUGGACGGAUACAUAAAUCGGGAACCCUCGGCCAUCCAUAGACUGACUCACAGCAGAGUUUCCUGCGUUCACAUGGAAAGCUGAGCCAUUACAUGCUGUGUUGAUGUGGAGGUUUUUCUUGAACCCCAUGUGGAGUGUGGAAAAGGUGCCUUUAUUGCCUGUUUGCCUUUGACACAUCUAUCUUUUUUGUCUUUACCCUGUCUUUUUCUUCAUUGCUUUUAUAUUUAUUUUCUCUGUAUUUAAUUUUGUACAUUUUUUGUAUAAUUUCAUGAACGUGGACGUUAGUCGGUUAGUGAUUCUGCCUGACCCUCAUGUGUUCAUUGUCUCCAAAUUUGCACUUGCAUUCGGUUUUUCUUGCAUUAGUCUUGCACUUGCAUUAGUCUGUAUAAAUCAAAUGAAAUAGAAAAUUAUAAUCCCUUAACAGAAAAUGAAAUUGGAAUUGAAAAAUUUGUAAUUGAAGACAUGACCGAAAGCAUCAACAAUAUUUAGAAAUUUUACCUAUUUUGUCGAAAACCGUUUUGCAAGAUAAGAUGAAUUACCUUCAGCCAGACUUUCUUGCAUUUGACGUCUGAAAUAUAUCCUCACCUCACUUUGAAGCCAAAUAAUUAAAGGCUUUUCCACAUGACUCCUGUCAAUCCCAACACAUCAGGAAACUUUGAAACUUUUUUAACCUUUGGUACAAAUGGGAGGGACACAUUAUAAAACAAAGAUUGACUCAUGAAUAUUAAUUAAGUGAUAUGAUGUUCACUCAGUAGUUUAUACUGAUUUGUCAGUACAUUGACAAGUAUGCACUAGUGUAAAUUAUAGUAUGGCUGCCACUUCUCAUUUUAGCGCGCUGCUGAUGCAGUUACAGUAUUUGGAAGAAACUUCUGCUGCAGAAUUGCACUGUAGUCAAGCAAAAAUAACAAAAAUAAUUAUUAUUUCCCCAAAUAUCCCAUCCUUAAAGUGGGAGUU